UGUCAAAUUACCAUUAUCAUCAAUGUUUAUCAAUUUCCUUCUAUAGAUACUACUAAAUAAAUAACAAUAAAAAUCAAUUGUAUUGUAAUGUAAUCAACUUGCAUUGUCAUUUUUAAUACAUUUUUGGAAUACAUGACACAGUCAUUGCGGUGAUUGUCUGCGUAGCAACGCUACCGAGAGUAGUUGUAGUCAUUCAGAUUGCUCGAUAUGCUACGGAUGCGUGAUACAGAAGUCGAAAUGAAAUAUACAAAGAUAUUAUUCUUAGUGCUGUUAUAUAAGUACCUUAAAAAGUUUCGACAUGUAGGUAUCAGGAAAUUUCGGAGCUGCGGACUGCCUGGCGGGUUUACCGGGGCUCCGGCUUGAAAAGCAGGAGUAGGAACGGGGUGGUUUUUAGUCAGUUAAAGUCUGACACUCCCUCUCGCCGCGUAUAAGGCGAAAGAAGUCAUUGAAUGACUUUCCCCCUUAAAAAAGGUAACAGGAAAUUGUAGAGUCACUGACAUCAAGUAUGGUACCAACUGGUAUGACGUGUAAAUUGAAGUAAGUUUCUUAUCAACAUGUCAAUUAGAUCGCUAACCGCCUUCGUAAAUUAUUGUUAUGUUCAAGAAAAUAGAUAUGAAUGUUAUAUAAAUUCGCACACGAAGAACCUUCCUUACAGGACUCACCACAAUGACUUUUAAGGUAAACAUAUUGAGCGCUUUUCUCUUCGUCUGUUUGGUCGGGUCCAUCCAUUCAGCAAGAAUUAAGCGGGAUGAUGAUGUGUCCACAACACCUUCGGACCCUGCAACCAGCGAGACCCCACCACCCAGCAGCUCUUCCACCAAGUCUCCACUAGAUGUGAGCGCCAUAUUUGAUAACUUUGGCCAGAUAUUCCCAGCCAAUAACUCUCCAAAUUGGAUGCAAGGUGCCAGUUCCUGGUUCAAUAACUUACCCAACUGGUUUGGUGGUCAGUAACUUUAUUUGUCAGAUCUAAACAUUUAUUGAAUUUUCAUAUAUUGAAGAAGGUUGAUUUGUACGUAUUAUAUCCACCAUACAAGGAUUUCUUGUAAUAAAUAGUAAAUGAUAA